AUUUGCACGUACAGAUGCAUCGUGAUUGUUUGCGUAAUUAAAGUACUUUUUAACUACAAUAUAUAUAUUUAUUUCUUUAUUGGAUUAUUGAGAAUAUAUAACAUGUUGUCCAAAUAAUAAAUACUUUAAUCUUAUUAUGUUCUUUAUUGAAGUAGUGAAGUUAGCUUGUAUGAGAAAAAUAGUUCUACAAACAUUCAGAGAAGAUGGAUGUAGAAAAAAUUGCUGUAUUUGCUAGUGUAGGAUUUGCAAUAGCCGUUGCUGCAUUUGUUUUAUGGGGACCAUCUCCGAGACCUAGAAAAAAAGGAAAAAUUAUUGGAAUUAACAAUCUAGGAUAUACUUGUUUCUUGAAUUCUCUUUUACAAGCUCUAGCAGCAUGUCCAAUUUUUAUUGGAUGGCUGAAACAACGGUGUGAGAAAAAUGGCAAAGUUAAUUUUAUUUCAACUUUGCUUUCUGUCUUUAAGAAAAUCAAUGGAUACGCAGAGGAUCUUUAUGGUGAUGUAACACCAAUUGAAAUAAUUUCAUCCCUUGGUAAUCUGUGGAGCUUUGCGCCAGGUUAUCAAGAUGCACAUGAACUGUUUCAUGUUGUACUUAAUGCAAUACAAGCAGAAAUUCAACCUAUAAAUAGGAAGGGCUGCUUGUCUGAUGCUUUACUACAAAGCCCUACAGUUGCGAUAGAUACAAAAAAAUUUGGAGAAUGCAUAAACCUCAGAAGUGUAUCUUGUAAUGAUAUUGUAUCAGCUAACAAAAAUUCAAAUAUGCCAAAUGGAUUUGAUAGAAAUUGUAACAGCCAUGUUAUAUCUUCUACAUCAUCAAUAUCAAAUAUACCUGUGGCUUAUAAUAAGCCUGGCAUGAUCCUUGCAAGAUCUUCAGAACUACUUUCUAAGAAUAUUGAAAGUGAAGAAAAUAAAGAAUCAUUUAGAACAUGGAGUUCUUUAUGUGCCAUGCCUGUUCCUAAUUUUCAACCAAUGUCCAUAGAAGGACACCCAUUUUCAGGGUUAUUAACUAGUCAAUUACAAUGUAGUAACUGCAAUUGGAAGUCUCCUGUUCGUUACGACAAGCUUGAAACAGUUUCUCUACCUUUACCUCCAAUGGGAAUACAUAUUAGAACACACCAUACGUUGGAAGAAUUAUUAACACGUUUUGUAACUAGCGAGAUUGUUCAUGACGUAUUGUGUGAUGGAUGUGGAAUGCGUUGUUUAGCUACUAAAACUUUAACUCUAGGUAAACUUCCUAAAUGUUUGUGUUUACAUAUAUCGCGAACUACAUGGAGUCCUUCAGGAACGCCAAUUAAAAGGGAUGAUCCAGUGAAAUUUCCUCAAAUUCUGACUUUGGAUCCAUAUACAUUCACAGAAACAAAAAAGAGAAAUGCACGGGGCGACCCUGAAGCAACAAUGUUACUUGCUAAUCGAACAACACAUUUAAAUAAGUAUAAGUAUCAAUUACGCGCAGUAGUAGAACAUCGUGGAUCUGUGGAUUCGGGGCAUUUCGUUUGCUACAGACAAGGAAAUAAACAAAAUCAAUGGCUAUACACUUCUGAUAAUGUAGUUGAGAACAUAUCUUUGAUCGAAGUUUUAUGUGCUAAACCAUAUCUUCUGUUUUACGAACGUAUUAACAACUCAUAAAGGUUUAUAGAUCUACAUAUACAUGCACCUGUGAAGUAUGGUACCAAUAUCACGCAGAUUGAAAAACAUGAAUAUAAGAUUGUGUAAAAUUUGAUGAUGCGUUAUAUUUUUGAACAGUUGCAGAUUUCUUAAUAUUUCUGAACAAUUGUUAAUGCACAAGUAUGUAAGGCAAUUUUUUCAAGGAAUUCUUGUUCUUUAAAUGUGAAGUUACAAGUUUCACGAUGAAAGUAUUCUGAUAAAAAUUGUUUUCUUUACUUUUUUUGUUAUUUCAAACAAUACUGCGUCAUACUAAAUAAAUUUUCUGUGUACGUUUAAUUAAAAUCAAAUAUAGUUUGUAUGUGUUAAGUACAUGUUUUGCAAAAAUUUCUUUGUAUUAUACAUCAACAUAUAUUGUUUUAUUCAUUUAUUAUCUUUAUCUUAUAUUAUAUAUUAAAUAAAAAAUAAUAUUUUCUUAUAAUAAGAAUUAUUAUGAAUUUUUUAAGUAAAUUUACACCUUCCAUAAUGGAUAGAAUCUAAAGAGAAAUACAGGAUAUGGUGAAAGUUCUGACAGUACAAUUGUUUGCAAAAACUGAAUCUAAUUAAAAAGGUACUCGUUCAAUUUUAAUCGUAUAUGGACUACUUAGUAAUCACUGUAAACUUCUCUUUGUGGAAAGGUGGAAACUUAUAAUCUCGUUCUAUUACGACUUAAUUCAUUUCGGGGCAACUGUAAAAUUGUUAUUUAUUCCUUUCAUUAAGUAGAUUCAGGUGCAAUAUAUUCAUGUAUCUACAUAUGUAUAGUUGAGUAUCUACAUAUAGUCAUAAGCAUGCUGAACAGUUGCCAACAAUUUAGUUUAUUAAGCUCUAUAUUUUGUAAGAUACACCUCACAUAUGUACCAUACUAACAAGCAAUUUAGUCGAAUAUUAAUAGUGCAAUAUUUACCACCAUUAUCACUUAUACGCUAACGUAUAACUAACUAACAGAUCUUUUAACUUCGUGAAAAUUACAUUUACCUUAAUAUUUGAAAAUAGUAGUCAUUUAUGGUGUGCAAUAUUUAAUAUAAAAUGAACGGUUUGACGGGUUUCGUAAUUUCUAGCGGUAAAAAGCAAUGAAAUCGUGCCAAACAAGUCCAUCAUUUCAUAUGGAGUAAGUCAUUAUACAUGUAGAGCUUUGAACUAAGAGUAGAAUAUUAUUUUAAGUUGAUAUUAAAAUAAUGAAAUGUAACGAGCUAUCCAAUAUUUAAGCAAAUACAAUAUCAUUAAAAUUACAAAUUUUAACAUAAAA